CAGUAGUAGUAGUAGUAGAUAUCAAAAGAGCAUAAGCAGAAGCAAGAAAAAAUUAAAAGAUGGAGAGUUCGGUCGUCGCUAAAUGUUGUCCAGUUAGAAGCAAAAUGUCUGUGUAAUUUUCGCGAAAAAGGUCUCUGUUUCGGACGACUAAGUCUAUUGCAUUUAAUGCAAUCUGUGUGUUUCAACAUCCUGCAUAAAAUAUUGUGACCAACUAAUAAAUAUGAAAAUAAUAGUGUUCCAAUCAAUAUGUUAACAAAUGUUUCAGUCCCGGUUGAAGCUAUUUAAUAGUAAGUGCCAACUUCCAAGUGAACCGACGUAAGCCGACUGUGGAACUGCAAUUUCGUACAAAAAUGUGUUAGAUUGUUCAUUAGAAUGGAAGAGUGCGAUUAAAAUAGCAAGCAAAAUGUUCUAUCCAUUAUGAACUGUUGUUGAUAAAAACUACUAAAAAAAGUGGAAUGUUAAACGAAAAAGCUGCUUGGAGGAACCCUCCAUUGUUCCCUUCGGUUGCUGGUCGUCGUCGUCGCCUGAUGUAUUUGUGUUUGCCUUCUAUUGCCGCUGCUACUGCUGCUGCUCAUCAUCUGCACUAACGACGACGACUGAGUGGUUUUGUUUAACGGAGCUGCUCCCAAGCCGAGCUAGCAACGAGAAAAUCAAGUAGAAACUGCUGUCUGUAAUAUGUUCGUUAACAGCAUCACGGAUGCGACAGAGUACGACUUCGAAAAAGCAGAAAAUGCAGCCAAAUGGAAAGGUGUUUUUAUAACAUCCCUGAGAAAGGUCCUAGAGCAAGUGCAUCCCUCGUUGCAAGCCCGCGAGGAUGCGUUGCUCUACGUCGAAAGCCUAUGCCUGCGAUUGUUAGCGAUGCUGUGCGCAAAACCACCUCCAAAAACAGUAUCGGAUAUCGAAGAAAAAAUUGAACGAACCUUUCCCACUCCCAUCGACAAAUGGGCCCUAGACGAAGCGAGCGAGAUAAUAGAUAAAUCCAAGAAAAAGAAACCGGUGCUUCCGGUUGAUCGUGUGCAUACUUUACUACAAAAGGAGGUGCUGCAGUACAAGAUCGACAGUUCGGUUUCGCUGUUUCUUGUUGCAGUGUUGGAGUAUGUUUCUGUCGAUAUACUGAAGCUAGCUGGAAACUAUGUCAAGAACAUCCGUCACAUCGAGAUAUCCCGGGAGGAUAUCGAAGUCGCCAUGUGUGCUGACAAGGUGCUCAUGGACAUGUUCUAUCAAGGGGACAGCUCGGAAUCGGAACCUACCCCUCGCACCAGCCUUAGCUACGAGGAAGCGGUCAAGGAGCUUAUACACGACGAAAAGCAGUAUCAACGCGAUCUGCACAUGCUCAUCCGGGUGUUCCGCGAAGAGCUUGUGAAAAUAGUGAAGGAUCCGAAGGAACUUGAUUCAAUCUUUUCCAACAUUAUGGAUAUCUACGAGGUGUCGGUGACGCUGCUUGGUUCGUUAGAGGAUGUGAUUGAGAUGUCACAGGAACAGACACCGCCAUGCAUUGGCAGUUGCUUUGAAGAACUGGCCGAAGCGGCAGAGUUUGAUGUGUAUGUAAAGUACGCAAAAGAUAUUACUUCGGUUCAGGCGAAAGAAGCUUUAGCAAAUUUACUGUCUAGACCCGAGGCAAACUCGUUGAUGUCGGCUGGUCAUGGUUUCAGGGAAGCAGUUAAGUUCUACCUACCAAAAUUACUUUUAGGGCCUAUCGGGCAUGCACAGAUGUAUUUAGAUUAUAUUAAAAUUUUGCUACCGCGUAGUCCCUCGAAGGAUGACAAAGAGAGCUUCGAACAGGUCCAAGGCCUGCUGAAACCGCUGCAAUGCGAACUGCAAAGCAUAUCCUCGCUUUUGCCUAAGGAAUUUUUCACUAGGGUAAACAGUCGAGCCCGACGGCAGUCGGCAAUCGAAAAAACACGCGAUCUACAAAACAGUGUCGAACACUGGGAUAAGGACGUGGGCCAGUGUUGCAACGAGUUCAUUCGAGAGGACACACUUGCUAAACUUAGUUCCGGCAAGCGCCAUACGGAACGAAAAGUGUUCCUGUUUGAUGGUUUGUUAGUGCUGUGUAAAACACGUCGACAAAUAGUGCCCGGUAAUAACUACGAUUACCGGUUGAAAGAGCGUUUUUUCAUGCGCAAGGUGGAGAUCAUCGAUCGCCCAGACACGGAUGAGCUAAAGUAUGCGUUUGAAAUAUCACCCCGGGAGCCGAGUAGCGUUGUACUUAUGGCCAAGUCUGCACAGCACAAACAUGAUUGGAUGGCAGAUUUGGUGAUGCUGAAUACGAAAUCCAUGCUGGAACGCAUUUUGGACAGUAUUUUACUAGACAUCGAGAAGAAACACCCCCUAAAAUUACCCAGGCCGGAUAUUUAUGAAUUCGCUGCUCCUGAUUCACCAUCCAACAUAGUUCUAGAGGAACGGGAAGGCACUGGUGUCCCAUUGAUUAAGGGUGCCACGUUGACGAAAUUGAUCGAACGUUUAACAUACCAUAUUUACGCCGAUCCCAUGUUCGUGCGGACCUUUCUGACUACGUAUAGGUCAUUUUGUUCACCCAAAGAGCUCCUGAUGCUUCUGGUCAAGCGUUUCGACAUUCCGGAUCCAGCUCUGGUGUAUGACAGUACCAGUGACAAAGAUCUCGGCUCAGACACAGACAAGUUUCAUAAAAAUUCCCAACGUGAAGACUGGAAGCGAUAUAAAAAAGAGUACGUGCAACCGGUUCAGUUUCGUGUACUGAACGUUCUCCGGCACUGGGUGGACCAUCAUUUCUACGACUUCGAACGAGAUUUGGAACUGCUAGGGGAAUUGCUUAUAUUCCUCGAUACGGUGCGGGGUAAAUCUAUGCGGAAGUGGGUUGACUCAGUAAUGAAAAUUAUCCAGCGAAAGAACGAAAGCGAGGAUAAUCAUCGGCAGAUAACUUUUGCCUUUGGCCACAGUCCGCCCGCAAUAGAAACCCAUCUACCAUUGAGCAACGAGAAUGAGUUUAAUCUGCUGAUGAUGCAUCCCCUGGAAUUGGCUCGUCAGCUGACGUUAUUGGAGUUUGAAAUGUAUAAAAACGUAAAACCAUCAGAACUGGUCGGUUCAGUGUGGACCGGGAAAGAUAAAGAAACUACUAGUCCUAACUUAUUAAAAAUUAUGCACCACACUACAAAUUUUACUCGUUGGAUCGAGAAGUCGAUCAUCGAGGCGGAGAAUUUCGAGGAGCGUGUGGCGAUGGCAUCGCGUGCAAUAGAGGUCAUGAUGGUGCUGCAGGAUUUGAACAACUUCAACGGUGUGCUGUCGAUUGUUUCGGCCUUCCAGGGAGCAGCCGUGCAUCGGCUCAAACUGACGCUAGAGGAAAUACCUAAAAGCUACCAGCGAGUACUGGCCGAUUGUCGGGAGCUAAACAACAGCCACUUCAAAAAGUAUCAGGAAAAGCUGCGUUCAAUAAAUCCACCUUGUGUGCCAUUUUUUGGAAUGUAUUUAACCAAUAUUUUACAUAUAGAGGAAGGAAAUGCAGAUUUUUUACCAAACACGGUACUAAUAAACUUCUCUAAGAGAAGACGUGUAGCUGAAAUUACUGGUGAAAUACAGCAAUAUCAAAAUCAACCAUACUGCUUAAAAGUGGAUCCUAGCAUUAGGCAUUUUCUAGAAAAUUUAGCUCCUUUCAAAGGAAUGAGUGUAACUGAAAUUCAAAACUAUCUGUACGAAGAGAGUAAGCGAAUAGAGCCAAAAAAUUGUCGCCAGGCGACCAAAUUCCCUCGAAAAUGGCCGGACAUCCCACUGAAGUCGCCCGGCAUAAAACCAUCUUCAAGGCGCAACAUCGGUUCGGCUAACUCGUCUAUGACGUUGCCAUUCGGUAAGACUUCGCUGCAGAACAACAGUGAUGCCGGCGGUGAGCAAUCACCGCCAGCCAACUCAUCAUUAUCCUCCGUGGUUGAUUAUGCGAUAUUUGCACCGGUCAAUCUGAACUCUUCAUCGUCCAGUUCAUCACAGCACCAUCAUCACCAAUACCAGCAUCAACCACAACCAUAUCAACAUCACCAUUCGCAAGGAUCGAUGCAAUACUACCAGGGCCAUCAGCACAGCUUUUCACAAUCUGUAGCUAAUCUGACAUCCACAUCUGAUCAGCAAAUGGCACCAGAAAUACCGCGACGUUCCGAUAGUAUUAUCCUACCCUCAUCCCAGGCACAAUACAAUAGUAGUCUGUCAGAAUCUAGUAGUAAUACCAGUGGUAGCGGUGUCAAUAAGAUGAUUCCAAGUCCCCGCUAUCCAUCAUCGUCCUUGGGUGCCCUAUCGUCGUCUACCUCCGGCGUGGGUGGUUCCACAUUCUUCGGUAUACUGAGCGCAUCGAGCAGUGAUGGUAACAGCAACAAUAAUCAUUCUAUCGCUAGCUUUAAACACACGCCAACGCUUAGUCAGAACAAAGCGGUAGCAAGAACGCAUGUUGAAGAGCAUUCUAAUUCAAUUCUUUCAGCGUCCGGACUAGGGGUAGGCGGGAAUUUCAGUCUGAGUAGUUCAGCUGCAACAAACGCCGCAAGCAUGAUAUCGCUAAGCGAUGGUCCUACGGUGCAUCCACCACCGCUACCUCCGUUGGUUCCUGCUGUUGUUUCAUCGUCAUCCUCGAUGUCAUCAUCAUCCGCCAGCUCAUCGUCGACGGUGGCAGCUGCCGACAUUCCUCCUGCGAUUAGUCCACGUACCGAUAGACCCGUGCAACAUCCACUAGUGCCACCACCGUUGCGAACCCACGGAGGUGGAACUGACUUUUGCUAUAAUAUUUCCGGACUACCAAACUGUACAUCACCACAAGCAACUAGUAGUAGUAGCAGUAGCUUUAGGAUUAAUUCAUCCAACACUUUAAGAAACCAAAACUGUGAUUUUUCCUCCGCGAGUAGCACCCUCAACCGCUCUUCCUGUGAAAACUCUCCGAUUUAUCCGUCAAGCCCGAAGAUAUAUCCAACAGGAGCGGUUGGCGGAACCGAUUUUAACAACAUUUCGCCCUUAAUGUCCGGUUCGUUCUCGUCAUCGUUGUGUCAGACUUCAUGCAAUACUUCUUCGACGACGGCCGAUUCCAUGGUUCUCAAUACAACGUCGGCGAGUAACGAUUUCGGUCCUAUUUCGCCUCACGUGAACGUACCAAAUGCACACAAUAUUCCUAUACCACCCCCUAUACCUCCUAGAGUUAAACGAAAAGAAUCCUCCGGGGAGUCAUUACAGUCUUCGCAGGUACGACAAGCGCCGGACGCACCUAAGCUUCCCCCGAGAGAUGUUAGUCCUCCGCCAUUACCGCCACGUAAUCAUAUCCAAUCCCACUAUCAGUAUGGUGAUCCUCACCACCAACUACAGCAACAGCAGCAACAUCUGUACGGAUACGGUAGCACAAUCUGCGAUGGUUGGAAAUACCCAAAUUCGUUUUCGAAGGACGAAUCUCCGUCGUCAUCUUCGUCAUCGUCAACGCUGACACGGGAUAACCUAAACCAACACAACCAACAGAAUACCAGUGAACAGCGACUUUUGAUGUUGCCCCACACCAGUACCAUAAUGAUGCGACGUAACUCUGCAAUGGAUCGAUCCUCGAAGGAGAACGUUCCCAAUAUAGCCGCUUCACCCUCACUUUCUGGACUGGUUAGCGGUGCUGUUGGAGCUGUUUCCAGCGUUGGAGCUGGUGCUGUCAAUUUAUCACCUGCAUCGGCUCCAGCUGUCGGGGUCAAGAACAAGUCUGUACAAAGUUCUCCAGUUUCGCAACAACCUAUUGUGUGCGGACGACGACCUAGUUCGAAUGUUUCGCCACGUUUUUCACCCGGAGAAACGACACCUAAAUUACCUCCGAAGCCAAAGCAAACAGAUCGGACUAUGUUCCCCUACCCAACCACAAACUGACCAAACGGAAAUGGUUGCGGGCGACACUUUUUACGAUGAGCAUGAACAACACUGACAAGAAAGCGGAACCCACGACGCCAUGUGGGCAUCGGCGAAGCAAGCAUCGAUCAUGUUCCGGGAAGCUGGUCGAGUUUUUGUCGUGUUUUUAACAAUUUGUUUUUAUUUUAUUUUUACAGCCGUUCGAAACAGUUAUGCAAGCUUUCUCAAUUUUGACCAUGCAUAAUUUUAUGUUUGUUUUAUUUUUUUUUUUUUGUUUUCUAAUCAAUAUAUGAGUUAGAAGACAUCCGAAGGAAGGAAUGUAUACAAAAUGAAAACAGUGCCAUAUCUAGGGGUUAGAAUCGGAGAAUUCCUUUCACAAGAUACUUUUGUAUAAAGUUUGAUCGCAAUUUUUUACCCAUAAUUGAUUUUCUCGCUCAUAUAAGGCCAUCUGCUGUAACUAUCUAGAAUACAACUGUGUCGUGUUCCUAUAAUUGCUUAAACAGAACCAUAUGUAUAAGAAAUGUGUACGUUACAGAAAGAAAUAGAAUGAGUAACAUUGACCAGACCAAUGGGAACGUAAUUAUGAAGGGUUUGAUGGAUUUCUAUUGUCAGUAAAUAUCUUUGCUUUUAGAACGUCUGACAAACUACAAACCGCAACCAUUAUGACAUACAUAACAGUUAAACAAAUGAAGUAAAUUCGAAAAACGACAUGAUGAUGUUGUACGAACCACACAAAUAGUGUAUUUUUGGUAAAAUUAAACAUACACAAUUUAUCAUAAGUGAUGAUCGAAAAAUGAAAGUGUAUAGAAUGUUGCAUGAAUAGACCGGGAAUUUGUGAUAUAUUUUUCAAACAAAAGUGGAACAAAAAAAAAGGGGAAAUGAUUUGAAAUGAGAUAAGCGAAACGCAGGCGAAAUGAAAUAUAACAAUAAAUGUUACUGUAAGUAUAUAAUACAACAAAAAUAAAAUAACGAAGGCCACAAAUCAGAAUAAUGGAGUAUAAUAACAACAAAUAAAAAAAAACGUGAGAUGUGAUUGACUAAAAGCCGAAUAAGUAUAAAUUGGGAAGGAAUACAGAUGUAGACAAAGCAGAGAAAGUUAUAUAUUAUUAUUAUUAUUACAGAAAUUUAAGCAACACAAGAAUAAAUCGUGACUGUAAUAUGUAAAUAUAUUAAAGAAACGUGUUGAGAGAAGCAGUUGUUGGCCAAGUGAAAGCAUGGGACCGAAUGUUAGGGAAGCGCGCGAGAAUGCUUCAGGAAUCCAUUGUAAUAAAAGAAUCGUUAGGGGAAAGAACUACAAAAGCUGUGAGUGAAUACACAAGGAAAGAUAUGUUGUUGAACCAGAUAAUAUACUAAAGUAAUAAAAAGAGUAUCUUAUCAUCGUUGUAUGGUGCAUAUAUGGAUUUAUGUACGAAUGCGAAUCUAAAUUAAUAAUGGAAGUAAAAGGAAACAUAUAUGUUCAAACACUGUGAAAAUAUAUGUUAAUUCUUAUUUGAA